AUGUAUGUAGAUGACAUUCUCAUCACAUGUGAUGACCCUCAGCUGGUUCAAGACACCAAAUCUACCCUACAACGGAGAUUCAAAAUCAAGGAACUAGGAAAACUUCAAUUCUUCUUGGGAAUUGAGGUUUCUAAAAGUAAGGAAGGCACACUCAUGCAUCAGAGAAAAUACAUACUUGACUUGAUUGCAGACACAGGGUUAUCAGGAUCUAAGCCAGUGGCAUUCCUGUCGAAGACAAAUCAAAAACUUACCACUAUUGAGUUUGAUGCACAUGUGGGAAUACUGCAAACAAGAAGCUCUACUGAGGCAGAGUAUAUAAGUUUAGUUUCUACUGUGACAAAGGUCAUUUGGCUUCUGGGAUUGUUUAGAGAGUUGGAUGUUGCAUCACACACCUCUGUCCCAAUCUAUUGUGAUAGCAAAUCCUCUAUCCAGAUAGCUGCCAAUCAUGUGCUUCAUGAGCUGAUCAAACAUAUAGACAUUGACUGCCAUUUCAUUCGAGAGGAGAUCAAGCAGGAGCUCGUCAAGACCAUUUACUUGUCAUCAACAGAACAACAUGCAUAUGUGCUCACUAAAGGCCUUGGAAGAGUGCAACAUGACUAUUUGGUGUCGAAGCUAGGAAUGAAGAAUAUCUUCAUACCUCCUAACUUGGGGGAGGGGGAGGUGUAA